AGGAGGAGGCAGUGGAGGGGGAAGCAGAGGCAGUGGUAGCGGCGGCUUCCUCUUGGGUCUCCUUGCAGCUCUGUGCCCUCUUCUGCAUGGAGCCCGCCCUGCCGUCCUCUACCUCAAAGCAGGUGGUGGGAGCCUUUGAGCUCCUCAAAGGUAAACAAGGAAGGAAUGGGAAGAAGAAAUCUUGCAUUGGAACUUCCUCUGGAGCCUGCUUCCCUCCCUCGAGGCACCUUCUCCGCGGCCUGGCCCAGCCCCCGGCUUGGAUAAUAGCCCCCCCAUUAUCCGUCAAAUUCAGUUAUCCAAGAUUGGGCCCAUCCGUUUAACUCAGUUAAGCGGGGCUCUACUGUAAUGGCUCACAAUAUAAUGUUGGAAGUUUUUUUUAAAAGACCACACUGAACAAACUUGAAUUUUCUAUCAAGCUUAUUUCAGCAUUCUCCAUUAUGCCAUAUAGAAGCAUCAUUCAGAAAUGACCAAAAGUGAGGAGCAGGGGGAGCAAAAAUAGAUUUCUGUUUUAACUGGGGGCCUUUUCCUUGUGAUAACAAACAAGAAAAUGCCAAGAAGAAUUUAGUGGUACUGAAUGUUGUUGUUUGCUGUCAACAGCAACAGAAGCAUUACCUUGGAUCAAAAGCACACAAUGCAAGGAAAUAACUAAUCUGGAUAUAAAGAAAGUGAAAGGUGAUGGCUAUCUCACAGCUCUAUUGUGGGUAGCAUUAAAUUGAUGAUAAUGUUCAAGUCAUAAUGGUUCUCAUUCUUGUUCAGGGGCUUAGCUGUCUUUGAAAUGACCAUUAAUGUCUUUCAUUUCAAUUCCUCAUGGAAUUGCAAGAAUAUCGUACAAAUAAUGUUUUUGAAAUAUUUUAAUUAUGACUCUGCUUUGCAAUAUAAAACCUACAGUUUCUGUCUGUUUCUUUCACUCCUCUACGUAUUCUAGAAAUAACGACUUUCUUAAUGAAAUUCUGUACUGUAUAUUAUUAAUAAUAUAAUGAAAGAAUGUUCUAAUAAAAUUCAUCUACUGAUAAAAUGCUUACCUAUGAAUAUAGAUAGCCGUAUAAACACUCCAUAUCCGAUUUCUGAAAUUUAUUCAAAGUUAUGGACCUGGGUAAAAUAGAAAAACUGUUCAUUGAGUGGCCUAAAAAUUGGGAUAUUUUACUUUGGCUAGAUUUCUGAAUGCCUCUUUCUAGCUGAAUUAGGAACCAAGUGCACAAAUGAAUGUGUGAGGAAGGUAGAUUAUGAUACACACAAACUUCUGUCAUAAACAAUGGGAUUACAUACAUGCAGCAACAUCAUCCAAAUUCUAUUGAUAGUAGUUAUCAGCUGCUUGGGAAAAAUCUUAUGCAUUUUUGUUUGGAGGUAAAGCCUACUGGAGGACAUGGAUGAAUGGGCAAUGCACAGAUUGGGAAAAGACAAAUCCCUGAAAAUACAGUAAGCUAAACAUGCUUGCUAUUGUCUUCAAGCACUUGGGGAACUAAUUGGUGUGAUAAGAACAUUGGCUAUCCUGGCAUGCUCCAGCUUAAAAACAAGAUGAACAUGCAAUGCCAGACCUGUUUUUUAAAAGCCCAAUGUGAUAAUGUACCAAGUCUCAGUACCAGCUCCAUGACGUUCCACCUGGUCUCCUGAUUCUUCCUCUUUCCUAAAGUACGGACCUCUCUUAUAUAGCCCUUCUCUUCACAGGACAUGUCUAGAUUCAAGUAAUUAGUCAUUAGUAAGAUAUACUCAAUACAAAUGCCAGUGCCCAAACACAACUAUGGUAACCAUGAAUUUUCAUAUUGUUUGGAAUGAUUCUAUACUAAGGCCUGAUGUUUGUAAUUGUACAUGAAGCCCCGCAGAAAAUGGAUAGUAUUCUAUCCAGUGAAGAGAACACACCUCUGAAAAGAAGGACAGCCAUAUGGCUAAAGAAGAGCAUUUGAAUCCCCCCAUAGAAAGAUCAGGUAUCUCCUAGAUUGGUGUCGCUGCCAGUCUGCAGAGGGGAGGGUUUUAAUGUAACUUCCUGUGGUCAGCCCCUUCCCUCUACAUUUGGCCUCCAUUUUGGGGUGAAAGGGCCUGUUGGGCUGACCUCUGUAGGUUUUAUGGCUUAGGGGGUUCCCCAAAAUACCUACUUUGAGGGUUUACCUCUCUCCUAUUGGGUUUGACAGCUCGGGGCGGGGCGGGGGGAGUUCCCAAGGGACGGCCUUCCAAUAAUGACUGGCCAGGAUAGCAAACCAUCAAUGUGGAGUGCCCCCGGGGUCAGGUGCUUCACCCAGUGGUUGACUUGGCAGAUAGUCGGAAAACAACACCUGGCCUCACAUCAUUACCAAUGUUGCAGGGCUCCCCCCACAACUAGUUUCCUAGCUCAAUUACCAUUUUCUAAUUAGGUCAAUAAUUUAUUUCUCCAUAUCUUGUGUCUGGUCUCUUUAUUUCGCUGUGGGAAUUCAACUAAAUCCUUACAAUCACUGGAGAUAUCUGUGUGUGCAUUGCUAGUGCAUGUGGUAAAGCUUCAGAAUUAGGACAGAUAGCUGGAAGAUUUCAGAUACUGAAAGGCCAUCUAACCCAUUCUGAAAGGUCAUUCUGGAGGAAAAACAGAACAUCUAGGAUGAAAUUAUCCCUGCAUGAAAGCCUUCACUUGGUGCGGGCGGGGGGAGAGAAUGAUAUUUAUGGAGGACACUGGCAGGGUUUGGGCUACAUGUUCAUGGCACUCACUAUAACCUGCAUGUCAGUGGCUAUGGGUGUCUCCUGCUCAAUGGGAACCAUAGCUGUUUGUGGAGACAGGAGGCUGCCUGUGUAAGUGGAUACCUUCUCCACAUACACACAUACACAUUUUUCACUUUUAUUAUGUGUAUAGAUAGAUAGUUAUGAUGAUUUCUUAUGGUAAGCAGAUGACUGGUAUAUGGUAUAUAAUAUGUAUCUCAAAAUCUAGAGCUGAUAGGGGAAAACUAGUGCCAUUUUUGGAAUCAGCAGGUCAAAUAUAUGAACAGGUCUAACAUUUGAGGCACCAAAAUGUAUGUUGGCCAGUGCAAUCAAUCAGACUUGUGAUAGUCUCUCUUGUUUUAAUAUGUCUACUCUGAGCCAACAUGUACUGAACUAUUCAAUUUCUCCUUGUUUUGUGUGUGCUUUAUUAUUCAAAAUUGUGUGUGCAUGGGCAAGGUAUGCUUUUUUCAGACGAUGAAACAAAUGUUGCUUGUGAUUGCUGAGUCCAGUGGUACCCCCACCCCUCACACACACACGGGGGGGGGGGGGGGGAGGAGAGGGGAGAGAUAUUGGUGGAUUCAGUAGUCCAAUGAAUUACCAUUUGCUGACCCACCAACAAAAUAAGGCGAACAGACAACACUAUGGGAUAACUAGUGGCAACUUUUUCUUAACAUUACCCUUUAAAAAUGUCUCAGCCAACUGCAGUAACCUGAACUAAAGGGGAAGCAAAUUGAUGCAAGAUAAGUGAGGCAGUUGUUCACCCCGAGACUUCUUAACAAGCUACCCUGGGUGAAAACAACUGACUCCCAAGAUUUAUUUUAUUGAUUUAUAAAUUUAUUUGCUAUAUUGCUCUAUCUCAUCUUGGAGUGGACUCAGAGUGGCUUCCAGUUUUGGCAACUAUUUAAUGCUACAUUAUAACACAAAACAUACAAAUACAGAACACAUUGAAUUUUAAAAUCAAAAUGAAACAUAUAAAUACAAUUAAAAACUAUUAAAACAGAGCACCCAAUCCUGUAAUCAUCAUCCAAGCUGCUUCGUUUAUGUCAGUUCCAUAGAUGUAUAUGGCACUGUGGCUACUCCCCGAUAAACCCUGCUUUCCAUUCAGUUGUUCUCAGAGUGGUCCAUUAGGAAAAACUUCCAGAAUCCCAACACCACACGAGGUUAGAAUUUCCAGAGCAACUCCAAGGACAGUCCAAUUCACCCACUCAUUGGUUGCCUAAACACACAGGGGCAUUUCCCACCAAAGGUCCUUCACCAAAGGUUGUUCACCUGCCGGGAGCCGGCCUCCAAUUGCUGGACACCAGCAAAUGCACCUCUCCUCUUAGGCUAGGUGCCUCUAACAGAGGGGGAUAAUCUAAUGUUCACUUUCCAUUACUAGUUACGACAAAAUGCAUAUCUUACAUUAAACACUGGCACAUUUCUAAGGAUUACAGUGUAUAUCCAAAGAAUCAAGGGGCAGCCAGUGACUUCCAUGUCAGAGAUGUGAUGAAUCCAUUCUAGAUUUUGUUCCAGAUAUUAAAGAUCAAAGGUGCUUCAAACUAAACCUGAAAUAGCACUUUAAAUAGCUCUUUUAAAGCUUGGAAUAAAACCUUUUGUGGAUUCACUACAUCUCUGACAUGGAUCAUACCCGUAUCUUAACUACUGCAGUGUUCCAGAUGAGUGAAGGAUUGCGGCAUGAAAAAAAGAUGCAGGCAGAUACCUAGUAUUUUAAGCAGUUGAUACCAGAAUGCUGUAAAAAGCUUCAGUAGUUACUCUGGAAGCAAACAAGGGAGACAAUGUGUGGAAGGAACACAAGGCUAGGACAAGUUCUACAUAGAAAUUCAGUUCAAAGGAAAAACCAUUUCACUAGAUUUACAGAAAUGCUUCAUAUUCAGCAGUGUAUUCCUAGUCCUGGAUAAUAUAUCUUCCUUGCAUACUCUCCCACUUGAAUGUCAGAACCAGCACUCUGGUAACAAUUUAUAAUAUUGAAACAGCAAAAAAAGUACUACAGAUUGGGGAAGAAUAUACGUUUUCAAAAGAGCAAACUUGUUCAGUGAAUUUUUUUCUUCUAAGUACCAUGGGUUGCUCCUAAGCACUUAACAUGGUUAUUCUUUAAGCCUUUAAAAAAUCAUAUAGGUCACAGAACAUAAACAUGGCAUUUCUAGAGAGCCCCGUUCUGCCCUUUCUCUGCUUCACUGAGUUUAGCAUUUUGCCUUAAUAAGAUGAUGCCUUGGAAUUUGCUAAGAGUGAAUGGCCUCAAAGCCACACUCAAGAUUGUGACAGCAAUUUAAGCUGUGAAGCAGGUAAUGAAUGCUUUUCCAGUAAUAACUAUGCAGAUGAAGGAAAUGGAAGGAAGUCAGGUUUAUGUCUAAAAAUAUAAACAAAAUGACCUAAUCUACACUUUCUGAAGUUAUGUGUUGAUUAGAGUACAGGGGAUUGCAUACACUUCUGUUUUUGCAAUGCAGUUCAAUCUCAGUUCAAAAAUAAUAUUUUGAAGAUGCACAUAGACGUGCAUACAAUAGAAAAGUCAUAUUAAAAUCUCCAUGCUCAGGAAAAUUGGACUCAAAAAUGGAAAUUGUCAUGAUCAAUGGGAACACAGUGGGCUUUUCCCAUCUAGACAUGAACAAUCUAAGCGAGGUUUCAGGGGGAUCAUUUGUUUUUUUAUAGUCUGUUAUGCCUCAGAUGAGAGAUUUGUGAGAUUAAACUCAUAGGUUCAACAUAGGUUUUGUCCCAGGACUCGGGCAAAACAUUCAGAAGGUGCAAAAUGCUAACUUCAUCACAUUUUUCUUUAAAUCCCUAGUUGACAUUAUGUAUGGUUGCUCCUGGUCAAUAAUAUUUCAUACGAUAGUAUAGUUAGGGAAUUGUAACAUGAAAAGGAUGGAUUAUGGGGUCAGCAUAAUGAUAUCAAAAGAAUCAGUAUAGUAUAAUCAUUUUAGAUCUAGCCUAGGACUCCAGGAGACCAGUUUCCCUAAGAUGGCAUCAGUUUAAAGGAACAUAACAAUGAAUAGUGAUGUGACUCCUCACUUCACCAUCACAGUGAAGAAUGGAGAAAUUCAAACAUUUUCUUCCUCCUGGGUGAGAUUAUAAAGGUUUGUCAGGAUUUCUUUUAGUUUGUGAAAAUUUUUGCAAUAAAAAUUGUGUAAAAAACUACAUUUGUUGUGUAUAAAAAAUAUUUUGUACAGACAAGAGUGCCUUCUGUGGAAAAGUCAAGGUUUUCUGCAAAACCUACACCCAAAACAUCUUUUGUAGAUAAUAUUGUGUGUGUGUGUUUGUGUAAAAGAGGGGGGGAGAGUCCAGGAAUUUGGAACAUCUCCAAGCAGAUGAGCUGAGACAUUAAGAACAAGAAAAUUAAAACCAUUUUCUCACCUCACUAGGAAGCAGUUGUAGCUCAGCCUGAGCCUGAGCUUGGGCCCAUUUAGCCAGUAAUUGUCCCUGCACCUGAUUUGCCAGAGGACCCUUGGUUUGGGCCUGACAUGCAGCCAGAGUUUGGGCCCAAUAUGCAACCAGCUUUGCUGGAGGACUCUCGGUUUGGGCCUGAGAUGCAGCUAGAGUCUGUUCCAGUGGAUUCUGGGACCAGAGACAGAAUGGUUGCAAGCAGGCAUUUUGAACUGCAUUCCUCUCCACUGUCAAGGCCCGUUCACCAGGUGUCAGAUGGACAUUUUAGUUUAGAGGAGGAUAAUGAGUUUGACAGGAGGGGAGUGAUAGCUCAUUGAAAUAGGGAAUGAGAAUGUUUACGGAGAAGUAAACAACUGCUUUUGAAGCACUCUAAUGAGUAGUUUUCUUAUGAAAGAAAGACCUUGGAUUUUCUUUAAGUGCCUGGUUCUUCCCUGCUAUAGCAGAGGUGGCAACAUUGCAGUUCCAGAGAGAAAGGUCUUUGCUCUGGGUUCCUGUAUAUUCUUGCAGCCGUGGAUUUUGCUUCAAGUUCCAGCCUUGUUCUGCCUUUGGAUCCAGUUGUAUGUUCCAGUAACUUUGCCGUUUGGAUUUCUAUUACCUUGGAUUACUUUGGAGUUUGAUCCUGCAAUCUAGCCUUGUUUCCUGUGGUUCCAGUUUGUCUCAUGCCUUGGAUUUGAACCUUGUUUGGACUAUUCUUGAUGCCUUUCAUGGGACUGAGUUUGAUAUCUGGUUUGGACUAUGUUUUUGAGUGAGUUUCUUAGACUCUUGCUUUAAGAUUUUCAAGUACAUUGCCCUUGUGGAUUUAAACCCAUUUUAUUGACUCUGAACUUUGCUUGUGCUUACUUAUAACCUUCAAUAAACAGCUUGUUUGCUUAUAUUCUGGGGCUCCAGUGUGGUUUUGAGGUGCCUACACAGCCUAGGGGUGCAACAGCAGUGUUAAUUCUUAAGCCUAUAUUUGUUGUGAUAAAACAUGUUGUGCUUCAAGUGGAAUUCAGUCUAGUCCAACAAAGACACAAUACCUUUGCACAAUUGCCAAAGGAAAAAAAACCCAGUAAAACUUUACUCUUUACAGCAGAGUCCAACCAUAAAUUUUACAGUGUUGCAUCAAAACAUACAUUUUACAGUAUAACAAACUUACAUAGUCCUAGUAAGCAUUCAAGAUGCAAAAAACAUUGCAAGAUACAAAAAGCAUGGCUUCUUCUGCUUCUUCUUCCAAAGGAGAGAGAUCCAAAAGCAAAAGUGAAACCAAAUGCAAAAGCAGGAGCAGAAGUUUAUAUACACACAUAGCCACACCCCACUGGGUGUGGUCCAAAUUUAAUUGCUUAACUGCUGACCUAGAUUAGCUCCUGCGUGUUAUGAUCAGUAGUUUAGCUUUUUCUUUAACACAUAAAUCCUUAAUGUUGGUCUUCAUUAUAUCCUAACAAAACAAACAUUUCUCACCCAAUAGCUCAACUAAAAAUGUGGCAGUUUAUGACCCAUAUUGUCUUUAAAGGAAUUGAAAUAGUUUAAACAAAUAAAAAACAAGAAAUAUUGGUAAAUUGAUGUCAGUGGUAUGGUGAAUCUGCUUGUUAUUUCGCUCUAAAUUUGAAUGAGCUAUCCAAGAUGCUAAAUCUCUUUUGGGUCUAGUGGUGGAUAGCUUUUUUAAAGGCAAUACAAAAAGCCAGAUAUAAUGUCCGACUUCCAUUGGAGCCACUGACCUACGCUGCUUAAGAAACACUUGUGACUUGUAGAUUUGCAUAUGUAAUAAUGGGUAAUAAAACAUGUAUAAUUUUAUAGUCAUGGAAAUUGAAAAGAGUUGGCCAAAUUCUUUGUUCUCUUUUAAAUCCUUGUGUGCUCUCACAGAUAGAAAAAAAAAAGACUGAAAUAAACCUUUUAUAGUUAAUAUCUCAUUCUUUCAACCCUUUUUGCUAGAGGAAUUCCUACAGCUAUGCUACCUUGGGCUGUGAUCUUGUCAGAUCCAAUAAACUAAGCAAGGUUGAGAAUAUCUGAGAGGAGAUAUUGUAGGGAAAUUAAAAUGAUUCAGAAAGGAAUGUUGAUUUCAGAGGUAAGAACUUUCUGUUUAUAUUAUGCCUCUUUAAGGUGAUUUGUAGGAACCCUCGGUGGUGUAGUGGAUUAAAGCCUUGUGACUUGAAGGUUGGGUUGCUGUUCUGAAAGCUACCAGGUUCGAAUCCCACCCGAUAAGCUCCCUCUAUCAGCUCCAGCUCCAUGCGGGGACAUGAGAGAAGCCACCCACAAGGAUGAUAAAAGCAUCAAAACAUCCGGGCGUCCCCUGGGCAAUGUCCUUGCAGACGGCCAUUUCUCUCACCAGAAGCGACUUGCAGUUUCUCAAGUCGCUCCUGACACAGAAAAAAGGGUGAUUUGUAAGGCAAUUGUUAUAUUCACGUGUACACUAAACUAUGGCUCAGCAUUGUGUUAAUUCGUAUGUCUUGGACUUGUGAAUACACUUUCCAAUUUCCUUCUUCAGCAAAGCUGUGAGGAGCAGACUAGAAAGUCUGGCACAUUUCCCUGGAUCUCUAUAGAAUGGGAUUGGUAAAAUGUGAUCCUGGGACUACAUGCAGUCCCCAAAGCUGCUUUUGUGUUUUAACCACUCUAGAUUUGUUAGAACUUCAUUUUUGGGAGGGGUUCCAGACCUUUGAUAAUCUUGCUCAGCGUUCUCUGAACACUUUAGCUUGUCAAUAUCCUUCUAGAACUGUGGUGCCUAGAAAUAUGAGUUGAGAUCUCACCAAAGCAGUAUAAGGUAGUAGUAGCAGUAUUUACUACUUCCCUCAUUCUGGUCCUGCUAUAAUAGAUCCCCCUGGCCCCAAUAAGGGCACUGUUGUUUCUCCAAUUCUCUCCAAGGAAGACUAGAUUUCACAUGUCUGUCUACAUCUGGGUAUUUGGAUGAGGUGCAUCACCCUUAAAGACAGAGGAACAGAUCUGGUUGUAGCCUCUCUUUGUUAGAGAUCCACUCUAGAGGGCCCUAUGCAAAGUUUGUUGGGACUAAUUGAAGUUGAGGUCCUAUUUUAUCCUAUUACCUUGUCCUGUCUCUUUAUUCCACAUCUAUAAGUGGGAGGAAUCAUGCAGCUGAGAGAAAGGCGUAUUGAACUAAAUGAAGUUCAUUUCUGAAUAGAUAUGCAGAACAUAGGGUUAGGUUUAGGGUUAGGGUUCGACAUUUAUUUCGAAGAGUACACACAGGUAUCAGGAUGGCAGAAGUAGCUCCAGUGGCGGCUGAGUCUUCAGCGGCUCCCGCUCCCAAGGCUCCGGCAAAGAAAGUGGGAGGAGCAGCUAAGGCUAAGAAGUCUUCGGGUCCCAGCGUGACGGAGCUGUUGACCCAGGCAGGGUCGGCCUCUAAGGAGUGUGGAGGGAUCUCUCUGGCUGCUCUGAAGAAGUCCUUGGCAGCCGCCGGCUACAAUGUGGAGAAGAACAACAGCCGCAUCAAGCUCGGCCUUAAGAGUCUGGUGACGAACGGGACUCUGGUCCAGACCAAAAGCACCAGCACUUCAGGCUCCUUCAAGCUCAACAAGAAGCAGGCCUCCGAGGGCAAGGAGAAGAAGGGCGCCCCCCCCCCCCCCCCAAGAAGAAGCCCGCUUUGGCAGUUUCCAGAGCCAAAAAGCCAACUGGAACUCAAUGACAGACCCAGUCUUUUAGACUCGAAAUGCGCCUAUCUGUAUAUUUAUAAGUGUAUUUUUAUGAAUGUUUGAUGUAUUUAAUUUUAAUUGAUUCACAAUGUAUUGUAUUAAUUUUUAUAUAUGUGCUUUUAUUGUAAGCCACCCUGAGUCCCCUAUUGGGUGAGAAGGGUGGGAUACAAAUACAGUAAUAAAUAAAUAAAUAAAUUAAAAAAUAUAUGUGGAAUCAUGUGGCCCACCAAUGUGGCCUUUUGGACUCUUCCAGGCUCACAGUAGGGUUGCCUUUUUUUUUUUUUACUUCAAACCUCUAAAAUGGCUUUAAAAUGUUGUUUCGUGGUGUUUCUUAUCCCAAAACAUCAAGAACCUGCCCCCCCCCAAAAAAAAACCAUCCCAGAGGGUAGUCAGGAGAUGCAAUAAACUGUCUUUUAUCAUAAAUGAUGGGUGCAUUGGCAUGUUGCAGCUCUCCAGAGUUACAGAGCAGCUGCAAAUUGGAUGAUGUAGCUGUCCAGACACUGGAGCAUUCACUCCCCUAAUGUAGAUGAUUACAUCAGUGUUAAUAUGCUGAAAUCCCCAUGUUUUAACUCUCACAAGAACUCUGUUAAUUAGAAUAGUAAUUAUUAUUUUUGAAGACUGAGAGAUAAAGUGACGUUGACUUAAAAACCACCCAAUAAGUUUCAUACUGGACAAUUAUUUCAGCUACUAUAAUAAGUAACAUGUUGCUGCAGAACACACUGUGAAGCUCCUCUUUCUGUACUGUAAUGGCCUUACACUGGGGUAGAUUUUGUACCUCAGGGCAUACACUAUGAAGCCAACUAAUCCAAACAAAUUUUACCUAGGGCUUCCAAUGGAUGUGCGAUAUAGAUUAAUAACAGGGAUACUAUUAGGAAUAGUGAGUUAUAGGAUAGUAUCAUUAUAAGCAUUGCCAUGUUUUACCCCUACAUCUUUUGAAAAUGAUUUGCCCAUUUUGUGUCGCCCAUUUCACCACCAUCCAGCUUCACUUAUACCUGACAGCUGAAAGAGCCCUGUUUUGCAACUCAUCAUAUCUGAAGCAGCUGCAAAAUCGGUAUAGUAGGUCCUGGUGGGCAAUUGAUGCUUAAUGAAAUGUCAGCAUAAAGUACCCACAAAGAAGAAUUUUCAUAUGCACUGUCCCACAGCAAAGGGGUUGACUAAGUUCACAAAGUUUUUUCUGACCUCUUCUUAUAUGUUUGCCUGCAGGUGUAUAGGUUAGUGACACAGAUAAAUACUUUAAAUUCAUCUGAAUAUGUUAUAAGAAAAGAGAUAAAUCAUGGGUGAUGUUAAAUUAUAUUCCUCUACUUUUUGCUGAUUUCACCCUACUUUCCCCUCUACUGAAGAAAAACUUGUGCUGUAAAUUUCAUGUAAAGGAUUUUCAGUACUGACUGAUUAUGUGUUGUGUUUAAAAGAAUCCACACAAUCAUAUUUCAAAAUAGCAUCAAUACUUCCCAAUCUUGUAAAUGAAUUUUCUCCAUGCCUUUUACCAAGAGAGGUGUGUAUGUUUAAGGCAUAUUUGUACAUAUUACAUAGCAGAUGGAUCAUUAGACCAUCCAGGAUUAGACAAAGAAACUGCAGGAUCCGAAAUCACUCUAUGUGUUUGCCUGAAAAAUGUCUAUGCAGCCUCAACAAAACCUGGAUGGAAAGUGGAUUGCUGACAAGUUUGUGAAUGGGGUAGCCUGACUUAUAGGCUCAAAAUAUCUGAUCCACUGAUGUUGAUGAAUCUAUAUCACUUGCAGUCAAACAUAAUGGUUGCAAUAUAGCAUCCUUGCAAUAUAACAGUCAUAUGCUACACCAGUGCUUUUAUGCUGUAUAUUAACAAUGCAUUACACAUGUCAGUGACUAGGGACCUCAUCACAUUGAGGUCCAGAAGCCAGGGGACAGCAGGGAAAACUGUGAGGCAGCAUAUCGCUUCAUACUCUUACCAUCAGUGAUUGUGGGAUCCCUUCCCACAAUGUUUCCCCGCUGUUCUUGGCUUCCUCCUGCAUCCUCCCUGGCUACUUCCAUGAGGAGUUGGGUGUACACCUGGUUCCUCUAGGCACCACUUAACGGUGCUGCUGGCAUAGAACCCAAUGGAGCCUUGCCGGAAGUAGCCCUGCUUAAUGUGAUGAACUUCACCAGACUCCAUGCCGGCAGUGCAGAGAAGCACAGAAAGA